AACUGGAAGGUGUGCAGUGCUGGAGCGAGUGUAGGAGGUGAGAAGCCAAGGGUGCAGUCGAAAGGAGCCACGAAUCAGCAGGUGGCAACCCAGCUGCUUCCUAACAACAAUGGUUUCAGAAAUCAAAUUGGCUGUUUUCUAUCGCUGAGUGGUGACAGCUGCUUGGCAAAGAAAUUGUGCAGGAAAUUGGAAUGUCACUCAAGCCAUCAGAUAAAACCUAGCCGUAGAGGGCAGUCUGAUCUUUCCGUAGACAGUUCCAGGGACUACCUUUCUCAUGCCAAUCAAGAGCUUUCUCCCUGUGCUCAAAAUUCCAUGCUCUGGGGUCUCAUUAACUACCAUGGCCUAUUCAGGGGCUGAAGUAACAUAUGACUUGGCUCUUCCACUCCAGAAACUCACAGGACCUAGCAACUGUGCUGCUUUUACCACCAGCGUGAGUGACAGGGCUGCCUGUGCGUGAGCGGUCUUGAAAGGAGAGAUCAGCAUGAAUCGGGGAGCCAGAUGCAAGCGUGAGCAGGUGAUGGGGGGUGGUUCUAUCAAUACAGCCCCCAGCUGCUCACAAAGCCCUUCUGCUUGCUUUAUGUCACCACCCACCUGCCUCCUACCACUACCUCCCAAAAUGGGAAAGCCUAAAAAGGUGGACAAUUCCCUGUCAAUGUGGAUGUAGACAGAAAUCGAACAUUCUGACGGUGAUGGGAGCUGUGGCAGGCUUCACUCUACCUGGAACACAACUGUCAUUCAUGAGGUGUUCUUCUCACAUACUUAAUGUCUCUAUCGUCCCCAAGUCUUGGCAGUUGAAGCAGGUAUUUCUCCCCAUUUCACAGAUGCAGAAGUUCAGGGAGAUUAAAUGGCUCUAGUUGAGGCCACUGAGUAGGAAGGAGAGCAAAGACACAGAGACUGCUGCUGGGGCGCUUUGUUCUGAUCCCUCCACAUCCCAGCGUCUCCACAGAGGUAAGGAGAAUCAAACAGGCUAUCACCUGGGGAAGGAAGAGUGGAUGCAAGACAGAGGAAAGCGAUCAGUUCCUCUUCUCAGGUAUUAUUCAUUCCGAUUUUCUCAAUUUGUCACAGGUGCCAGAAAAUGCCGCAACAUGAAAAGUGACAACCAGAGCUGCUCAGGGGACCCCCCUAAAGCCUUUAUCCUUCUGGGUGUGUCUGACAGGCCAUGGCUGGAACUCCCUCUCUUUGUGGUCCUCCUGCUGUCCUACGUGCUGGCCAUGUUGGGGAACGUCGCCAUCAUCCUGGCAUCCCAGCUGGAUCCUCAACUCCACAGCCCCAUGUACACCUUCCUCAGCCACCUGUCCUUCCUGGACCUCUGCUACACCACCACUACGGUCCCUCAGAUGCUGGUCAACAUGGGCAGUUCCCAGAAGACCAUCAGCUACGGAGGCUGCACUGUGCAGUAUGCAGUCUUCCACUGGCUGGGAUGCACGGAGUGCAUCCUCCUGGCCGCCAUGGCCCUGGACCGCUACGUGGCCAUCUGCGAGCCCCUGCACUACGCUGUUCUCAUGCACCGUGCUCUCUGUCAGCAGCUCGUGGCUCUGGCCUGGCUCAGUGGCUUCGGCAACUCCUUCGUGCAGGUGGUCCUGACUGUGCAAUUGCCGUUCUGUGGGCGGCAGGUGCUAAACAACUUUUUCUGCGAGGUGCCGGCCAUGAUCAAGCUGUCGUGUGCCGACACAGCUGUGAAUGAUGCCACGCUGGCUGUGCUGGUGGCCUUCUUCGUGUUGGUGCCCCUGGCUCUCAUCCUUCUCUCCUAUGGCUUUAUUGCCCGCGCAGUGCUCAGGAUCCAAUCCUCCAAGGGACGACACAAGGCCUUUGGGACGUGUUCCUCCCACCUGAUGGUCGUCUCCCUCUUCUACCUACCUGCCAUUUACAUGUAUCUUCAGCCCCCUUCCAGCUACUCCCAAGAGCAGGGCAAAUUUAUUUCUCUCUUCUAUUCCAUAAUCACCCCCACUCUCAAUCCCUUCAUCUACACCCUGAGAAAUAAAGAUGUGAAGGGGGCUCUGAGGAGACUCCUGGCCAGGAUCUGGAGGCUCUGUGGACGAUGAGGACGUGAGAUGUAGCAUCUCCAUCAAUUAAAGAGCACUGCACAAGUCUAUUGUGCACUCAGAGCAUCUUUCACUUAAGGAGUUAAUACCCAGAGAGCUCAAAAACUCUGUCUUCAAACAUCUCACUUCCUGUCAUAAUACCCCAAAUCCCAUAGCGACAAAGUUCAUUUUAAAAGUGUAAUUCUAAGAGGCCAUAUGUUUUUAAGCAUUGUUUAAAUAGACCUCAAUAAGUAUGUGUGGAAUUAUUUAACUUCCAAUUUCCUGAUUCUUUUCUCUUUUCCUCUUCCUGUAUUUCUUUUAUUCUCUCCCCAUUUGUGUCUUUUCUAUUACUCCUAAGUAUACACAAGAUGAAGCUGAAAUACAAUCUUAUUUUACUUAUAAUGAAUAUGUGUUUUUCUCCAUAUACUUAAAUCUCCACAAAUUUUACAUGACUUUUUCAAACAAUUCCAGGAAUUAAGUAGAUUGCUAUCUCUUUCCUGUGAUUUUGGAUUUUUUUUUUUCUCUGUAGUUUACAUUUUCUUCUAUAGAAAGUUUUUCCAUGAAACGUAAACUAGUACAAAAACUAGUAGAACCACUAUGGAAAACAGUGUGAAGA